AUGUCCGAAUAUACAAAACCACCCCUAGACCCUGAUCUGGGUAAAUUUUUAGAGAGGAACGAUUAUGAUUCUCUGGCCAAGUAUCUUGUGGGAAACAACAGCAGAUUUCGAGAAAAUAUAAUUAUUCCAAGGGUAUUAGGGCCUGUCAUUAUUAAAACGAACGAAGAGAAAAUGAUAGAAGCCACUGUAGAGAGCUGUCCAUUCAAAUCAUUAACCAGUUGCAUUAUUGGUUAUGGGUUAGGAGCAGCAGUUGGUUUAUUUACAUCUUCACUAAUGCCUAAUGUUACGGACACAACUGCACAGCAAACUCAAACAGCCAGAGAAAUAUUGAGAGAAAUGAAGGGAUCAAUGCUCAGUUAUGCCAAGAACUUUGCUAUUUUGGGAGCCGUUUUUUCUGGUGUGGAAUGCUGUAUUGAAACAGCUAGAGGAAAGACAGAUUGGAAGAAUGGAACAUAUGCUGGUGGCAUAACUGGCGGAUUAAUUGGAUUAAGAGGUGGUCUUAAGGCAGGAUUAUUUGGUGCUGCAGGAUUUGCAGCAUUCUCCACUGCUAUUGAUUAUUAUAUGCAUCAACGUGGUUGA